AUGGUUUUUUCAACACGUCAAAUAGGUGCAGCAAAUACCCUUGAUUUUAAAGUUUACAUCGAGGAAGACGGCAAGCCGGUCUCAGCAUUUCACGAUGUACCUUUAUAUGCAAAUGAAGAUAAAACUAUUUUGAAUAUGAUUGUUGAAGUUCCAAGGUGGACAAAUGCUAAGUUGGAGAUCUCCAAAGAAGAGAAAUUGAAUCCAAUUAUUCAAGAUACUAAGAAAGGUAAGCUUAGAUUCGUUAGAAAUUGCUUCCCCCACCAUGGUUACAUUCACAAUUAUGGUGCUUUUCCCCAAACUUGGGAAGAUCCAAACCAAACUCAUCCUGAAACUAAGGCAAAGGGUGACAAUGAUCCUUUAGAUGUCUGCGAGAUUGGGGAGCAAGUCGCCACUGUCGGGCAAGUCAAGCAGGUCAAGGUUUUGGGUGUAAUGGCCUUGUUGGAUGAAGGUGAGACUGACUGGAAAGUUAUUGCUAUUGAUGUCAAUGAUCCUUUGGCACCUAAGUUGAACGACAUUGAAGACGUCGAGACUCAUUUGCCUGGUUUAUUAAGAGCAACUAACGAGUGGUUUAGAAUCUACAAGAUUCCUGACGGAAAGCCUGAAAAUCUCUUUGCAUUUUCUGGCGAGUGUAAAAAUAAAAAGUACGCUGAAGAGGUCAUCACUGAGUGUGCUGAAGCGUGGGACAAAUUAAUUAAAGGAGAGGCAGCAGACUCCAAAGGUAUUGAUUUGACUAAUACUACCUUAACUGACUCUAAAAGUUACUCUUCCUCAGCAGCUUCUACAAUCCCUGCAGCUUCUCCUGAACCAGCCGCUCCAAUCGAUAAGUCAGUUGACAAAUGGUUUUUCAUCUCUGGUGCACACUAA